CGCCCGGCCCAGGCGCGCACAGGGCAGCCCGGUCCACCUUCCCCUCCUGCAGGAAGUGGGGUGUGUGUGUGUGUAGGGGGUCCCGCGCCGCCAUGCGCCUGCGGGGCGUCCGCAGCUUCGCGCUGGAGCUGGCGCGGGGCCCCGGGGGCGCGUACCGCGGCGGGGAGCGCCUGAGCGGCCGCGUGCUGCUGGACGCGACGGCUCCGCUGCGGGUGCGGGCGCUCGAGGUGGCUGCGCGCGGUGGCGCGGCCACGCACUGGCUCGAGGGGCGCAGCGUGGGCAUCAACGCCGUAGCCAGCGACUUCGCCGCGGUCGAGACCUUCCUGCGCCGGCGGCAGCUGCUGCUGCCAGACACGGGAGAACCCACGACCCUGCCCGCUGGACGCCACGAGUUCCCCUUCAGCUUCCAGCUGCCCCUGACCCUGGUGACCUCCUUCGAAGGCAAGCACGGCAGCGUCCGUUACUGCAUCAAGGCCACCCUGCACCGGCCCUGGGCCCCAGCCCGCCGGGCCAAAAAGGUGUUCACCGUGAUUGAACCCGUGGACAUCAACACGCCCGCCCUGCUGCACGAGCUGGCCCUGAGCUGUAGGGAAUUCCUGGGAAUACUCGCGGAAACCCCAAACUUGGAGGCACCGCAAGCUGGCGCUCGGGAAAAGCUUGCACGCUCCUGGUAUUGUAACCGGGGCCUCGUGUCCCUGUCAGCCAAGAUAGACCGCAAAGGGUACACGCCAGGAGAGGUCAUCCCCGUGUUCGCCGAGAUCCACAACAGCUCCACGCGGCCCGUGCUGCCCCGCGCCGCCGUGGUGCAGACGCAGACGUUCAUGGCGCGCGGCGCCCGCAAGCAGAAGCGCGUGGUGGUGGCCAGCGUGGCAGGCGAGCCCGUGGGCGCCGGGCACCGGGCACUGUGGCACGGCCGGGCGCUGCGCAUCCCGCCCGUGGGCCCGUCCAUCCUGCGCUGCCGCGUGCUGCACGUGGACUACAGCCUCAAGGUGUGUGUGGACAUUCCCGGCACGUCCAAGCUGCUGCUGGAGCUGCCGCUGGUCAUCGGGACAGUCCCCCUGCACCCGCUCGGCCGCCGCUCCCUGAGCGUGGGCAGCCACGCCGGCCUGCUGCUCGACUGGGGGCUGGGAGCCCUGCCCGAGCACCCGGAAGCCCCUCCCGAGUACUCCGAGGUGGUGGCCCAUGGCACCGAGCAGGGCCUCCUCCCGCCGCUGCUGGACCCCGAGCUCAGCCUUGAAGGGCCCUUCUUCGCCUACAUCCGGGAGUUCCGCUACCGCCCGCCGCCUCUGUACGCCGAGGAGGACCCCAACCCGCCCGCGGAGGCCCAGAGACCACGCUGCAUGACCUGCUGAGCCGCACGUGGACGCCUCAGGGAGGGCAUGGCAGAGGGAGCCGGCCAGACCAGCCGUGCACCGGUCUGACAUUUCUGAGUCGGCGUGAGGCGCCAGGCGGGAUUCUGACUUUGGCCGUUCAUGGAAGCGCUCGCACGCCCAACAGCCUGAGCCGAGAUUGGUACUGCCGGUUGAGCUUUGGGUCCGGCCUCAAGGGUCCCCAGGAGAGAGAUGAGAGGUGCAGCCACCUUAGGAGGGACCCUGGGCUGGGAGAGCAGGAGAAGAAAGGGCCUUUUGGCUGAGGCUUUGCUGUGUGUGUAGGAGUUGUCAGAAGGCAGCGCAGAGUGAGCCGGAGUGUAUUUGUGGGGGAUAGGGGAUGUGGGAGGAGGUCGGAGCUGUGAUGCUUGAGGCGCGUCCACUCGGCGGUGGACUCUGGUGCCCGGGGGGAGGGCAGUGGUCCUGCAGACCCGAGGGAGGAAGGGACAGGUAGCCCCCGGCUGUGUGACCCUAAGCGGUGUGUGGGGGUCCUGCCGUGUUGGCAGAGUGUGACAGAGGGGACCAGCCAGCGUGUCCUGCGUCCAGGAGGGAAGAAGUUGCAGGGCGGGGGAGGGGGUGUGUCGGGAGGGGCAGCUGGGUCGGCCCUCCCCCGACGGCAGAGUCCCGGUGGCGGUGGGGGCAGGGCCCCCCGGGACCCAACAUUUCCGAUAUGCCUUAAGAAAGCCUUCUCUUUUGUACAAUUAUUUUUGGAGAAAAAUAUUAACCGUGUGGAGAGAGA